AUGUCUGCUCUGGGCUUUAGGACGUUCGAGCCAACAGGGUCGCUUGCCGAAGACAAGAGUUAUCUGGCAGGUGCCAAAAUCAUGAAGCAUCAUGCCAAAGCUUUGGACGAAAAGGAUUGCGCGACUCGAUCUCGUGCUGCAAUGCCGCGUACCGGAGGACCUGGCUCAGCAGUCGCCAAGGAAACCAUCAUCGACUUAUCUUCCCUAUGUCGGCCCGAGGCUGCGAAGAAUCCGGAUGGGUUCAGGUCCCGGCACACAAUUAAAGAUGUCCAGGGCGGCGGUCCGAAUGCCAUUCUGUCUAAGCUUUGGGAAGAUGCCACCGACGGGGGCGUGGACAUUGAUCGAGGUUCAUCUGGUCUGAGACUCGUCCGAGCCAGAAAACAACCACCGGAGAAUGGACACUGGCGGUUAGAACUUGGUUUGCUGGCCCCUGGGAGAGACGGCAAGAGUCAGGGCCCCCUUGUAACAAACCCCACGGAAGCGAAGAAGAGUGUUGCGCUUGGCAAAACUUCAGACCGAGCCUCACCAGGGCAUCAGGGGCCACCAUCGACUGGACAGCGCCGCAACGGGCUAUUUCUAAAGAUGGUGGAAGCUAAGAACAGUCCGGUGAGCGGCCCCGCACGAGGCGGUCCAUGUUCGAAUGUUGUGGCACUUCGUGAUGCCCCUGGAAACCAGACUACUGCACGGGACGGCGUCGAGUGCCGGUGCAAGGGGGGCGCACGCAUAGGGUUGGGGAGCUGUAUGAUCUGCGCAGGGCCCAUUGGCUUUGAGUGGCUGUUACCAAGGACCAAAAGAUGCAUGCUGCAUUCGGGGACGCGGUGCUGUUGCAGCUCGCAGCUCCGUUGCACCAACAACACGGUCACACGGGUUCGGUUUGGACUCUGGAGAGACCGGUGCCCCCCUAGAAGAAGCCAAGAGAUAUCUGCAUCGCAUGGGACGUCCGGCUCAAAACCACGAGGUUCUCCCGCAGAUGCUCGCCCGGCCGAAGUCUGA